GCAGUUGUCACGCCGUAGCUGUUGCGGCGCAUUUAAGUAAAAGUAGUGUUUGCGCUUGUGCAGCCGGCCUAGUAGUUCGCCGACAAAACUUGGCAACGACAUGAAAGACUCGCUCGCCUAUCGUUCAUGCGAGCGCACCCUAUCUCCAAGGUGAAGUCGGUGUAGUUCUGCUUUCUAAUCUUCGUGCGGCGGCGCGGCGACUCCCACCCACAGUGCCAAUACGUGCUGAAGUUCGUGCGAUAUACUCACGCGAGCCGGAGUCAUGGGCGUCAAGGACUUGUGGGAGGUACUGUCACCCGUCGCCCGCAAGGUCCAGCUUGAGGACCUUCGGGGUAGACGACUGGCCGUCGAUUUGAGUGGUUGGAUAGUCGAAAGCGAGCAAAUACGUGGCAAGAUGCGCCAGCCCACGAUUAGAAACCUGUUUUUCCGCUGUAACAAGCUGCUUGGCUAUGGGAUCAAGCUGGUUUUUGUGCUCGAGGGCACAGCUCCAGAAGUAAAGGAGGAAACGCUGUCGCAGAGGAACCAGGCACGUGGUGCUGAAGGUUCCAGUGGCGGGCUGCUCAUGAGACGUCGUGGAGGGCUCCAGGCCAUUUCAAGUCAGGCAAGUAGCUCGAAGAUUGUGAACAAGUGCAGAGAGCUGCUUGAUGCCCUGGGUCUCCCGUGUGUACAAAGCGCAGGUGAAGCUGAGGGUACUUGUGCCUUCCUCGACAAGAACGGGAUGGUGGAUGGCUGCAUCACAGAAGACGGCGAUGCAUUUCUCUACGGGGCCAAGACAGUCUACCGGAAGCUCUGCAUAGAAGACAAGGAUCCCCACGUUCUUUCCUACAAAAUCUCGGACAUUGAGAGCAAGCUGGGCCUAGAUCGCGAAAAGCUCGUGGCACUGGCUGUGCUUUCCGGGUGCGACUACUUCUCUGGAGUCCGGAGCGUCGGCAAGGAAACGGCGCUAAAGUUGCUAAACAAGUUUGGACACGCCGGCUCCCUCGAAAGGUUACGAGAUUGGACGAGAGAUUCAAAGUAUUCGAAGCUUCAGGAGACUCUUGACACAAACUGCAAGAAGCCGUCACACUGUGGAAAUUGCCAGCACCUUGGUACGCAGAAGACGCAUCGUGUCGAUGGGUGUGAAAUGUGCUCCACCGAAGUGUUCUGCACAAAGUCUGUGGUCUGCAACUGCGUGUGCAAAUGGCACAAUGCAGAAGCUGUGAAAAGCCAAUGGAAGAUGGAGCUUGACGUACGAAAAAAGGCGCUGGACGAGUACGGCACGUUUCCUCCGGAAAACGUAAUAUCAGAGUUCCUGACCGAGCGGGACAACAUCCAGUGCGUUGACAGCAACUGGCAAUUUCCAUCUGCAAAAAAAUUUGAGAAUUUCAUGUCCACCAAGAUGGGCUGGGAGCUCGAAAAAAGCCGUGAAAAGCUGUUCCCUCUGUUGACCCGCUGCCAUCUGGAGCAAGGUGGAAGCAGCUGCAAGGAGGUCACCUCGUUGAAACCCGUCAAGAUCGUAAAGCAACGAGUGCAGAGGAAUGCAGACUUCUACGAAGUCGAGUGGCUGGCCACAGAAUUGUGGACAGAGUCGUCGCCACCAAACACUCUGGAGCCCGAGGAACUGUUUGAGAGCGUCUAUCCAGAACUGGUGAAGGCAUUCCACGAUGAACAGAGCCAGAAAAGCAAGAAGAAAAUUGUGGUCACUGACGAGACUAACAACGACAUACGAGGAUACUUCGCCAUCACCACCGGAAAGUCGCAGCAAGUCAUCAAAGACAAAAACGAGGGCACAGGUAAUAAGAAGCUGGGAAAAAGUGUCGCAAGCGUUACCCCGAAAAAGACUAAGUCUGCGCCAGCCAACAAGACUCGGGCGAUCGUAACGCGAGUGCGGAAGCCAAAGUCGUCACCGCCCAAGGCCACUGAGACCGUUGACCAUUACUUCGAGCAGUCACCAAAGUUUUCUGCCAAGCCCUUAGAUGUGUCGGUCGACUCCUCGAUGGAUGACUUCAACAUUCCACUGUUGCAAAGAUUAACGGGAGCAACAAAAGAACAAGCUGUCUCGCAAGCGACAAGUUCAGCAGAUGGUGUUCCUUCAAAAUUGCCAAUCGAGUCGCUAGAGCGAGUGGAUGGUGCCACUCCUGAAUCAACUCCAAUUUUAGGAGAUUCUGUGGUUGUGGUGGAGGAAGUCUUCCGUCACGCGAAAGGUGAUGUGGCAGCUAUUAUGACAUCAGAUAGCUCGCCAAGCUUCUCUAAACCGGCGUUCAGGGAAGCCUCAUCAUCAAGUUUGCCUGAAAUGUCUGUGUCAGAGAACCUUACAUUGCCGCCCGACAAAGAGGCGAGCAGAACCACUUCUACUUCUUCGGACCUGUCAAAACCAACAGAAAGUAACGUUUCGUCAGGUAACAGUGGAGUGGCUGUGAGUACAGUAAGCACUACAAAGGAAGAUACUUGCAGUACCACAGUAAGCACUACAAAGGAAGAUACUUGCAGUACCAACGAUUGCCCAAAUAGCGACACCAGGAAGCCUUGGCCGGCAAGUUUCAAUCUUUCCAUCUCGGAUUCGUUGAAAGCAGAGUUCAUGACAUCCAUGCACCUCAGCAACGAUGACCAAGUUGAUGCGGAAGACAACAUUGGCUGCACGCCGCCAAAACGGAGGAGCCUAUCGUCACGAAGGAGCAUCACGUCACCUUCUGAAACCACUGUAGAUCGACUCGAAGGCGGAGACACCGACGGGGUAAUGGCGUCAGGUUCUAUGGAACCCGAAGGUCUGCGCGAUCGUCGAAAGUCUGGGAGGCGCCGGCUUUGCUUCAAUGACACAAUGACAUCUACGCCUGUCCUGAAGGAGUGCUCGAAAAAAAUGGAGGUUAAAAUGGAAAGGCUGUCAGAUGAUGUGCUGGCAUCACUCGUGUCCCCAGGAUCCAAAUCUAUGGAGUCUGAAAAAAGCUACGAUUACUCGGCACCACUUUUUGACACCAAGGGCGAGUCCUUGGAACUGUUAGAGAAGAGUAGGCAAACAUCAGUCAUUGUCAUAUCUGAUGAUGAGGAUUGCUGAGAUAGUGGUAUGUAUUGUUUUGAAGGGUUGUCAUCUUUACUGUCUAACAUGAAAGAUUGAUACUACUGCGAUGCUAUUCAACAGGAAGUGCGUCUUUGGUAAUUGCAUAUUUCACGAUGUUGAAGAUUGCUAAAGUUGUGAUAAUAGUGCAUGGGGGAAAUGCUUUGCGUUAAUUGUGCUCAAAGGGUAAAUGUCUAUGUUUCUGUGACAGUUGCCAUUUCACAUUUCAAAAAAAUUCAGAUAAGUACCUACUCACUUGCAUGUUUUGUGAAAGGAUAGGGGCAACUGCACAGAUUCUUGCUGCGGGCCAGUAGAACGAACCUAAAGCCCGUUUACAGUAUUGCCAGUUGACUGUUAUCAUUCUUUUCUUUCGCCUAAUGAAUGAUGUCUGUAAUUUUCUGCCAAGAGGUAACAUGUUUAAUUGGUUUUGAUGAACAGUUUGGAGACCAUAAUCAAUAAAGUUGUUUGUAUUAAGGGA